AUGGCACCGCACCCGACGCUCAAGGCGACGUGCGCCUCGAGGGCUGAGACGGCCACUCAUCCUCUCACCUCGUACCUCUUCCGGUUGAUGGAGCUCAAGGCCUCCAACCUCUGUCUGAGUGCCGACGUCACCACGGCACGUGAGCUGCUCUACUUUGCCGACAAAAUUGGGCCGUCCAUCGUGGUGCUCAAGACUCACUACGACAUGGUGUCGGGCUGGGACUUUCACCCCCAGACCGGUACGGGCGCCAAGCUCGCCUCUCUCGCCCGCAAGCAUGGCUUCCUCAUUUUUGAGGACCGCAAGUUCGGCGACAUCGGCAACACGGUCGAGAUGCAGUACAUUGGGGGCUCGGCCCGCAUCAUCGAGUGGGCCCACAUUGUCAACGUCAACAUGGUCCCGGGCAAGGCGUCUGUCGCCUCGCUCGCCAACGCCGCCACGCGAUGGUUCGAGCGGUAUCCGUACGAGGUCAAGACUUCCGUCACCGUCGGCACGCCCACCGCGGAACAGUUCGAGGACGUGGACACAGGCUCAAGUCAGGAGGGAAAGGCAGACAAGGAGGAGGGCAAGACGCGGGCCGACGACGGGCGCAAGGGCAGCAUCGUUUCCGUCACCACCGUCACGCAGCAGUAUGAGCCUGCCAACUCGCCGCGCCUGACCAAGAGCAUGGCCGGCGGCGACGAGGUUCUGUUCGCCGGCAUCGACGAGGCCCCGAUGACCAGAGGUCUCUUGAUCCUGGCGCAAAUGUCGAGCCAGGGCAACUUCAUGAACAAGGAGUACACGCAGGCCUGCGUCGAGGCCGCGCGAGAGCACAAGGACUUUGUCAUGGGCUUCGUGUCGCAGGAGAGCCUCAACUCGGAGCCGGAGGACCAGUUCAUCCACAUGACGCCCGGCUGCCAACUGCCGCCAGAGGACGAGGACCAGAACGGGACGGUCCAGGGCGACGGCAAGGGACAGCAGUACAACACGCCGCAAAAGAUCAUCGGCGUGUGUGGCGCAGACAUUGCCAUUGUCGGACGCGGCAUCCUGCGGGCCGGUGAUCCCGAGGAGGAGGCGGAGCGGUACCGGUCAGCAGCGUGGAAGGCGUACACGGAGAGGGUGCGUUGA